UUCGCCUGUCUGCUCCUCGGAGGAGUCAGCAACCCGCAGCGCGAGGAAGGGAAGGAAGCGAGAAGCAGGGAGGGAGGGAGAAGGAGGGCUCCAGACAUCACGUGAGGCGGUGAAGCUUAAUUAAAACACACACACACAAAACAACCCCACUCUCGACAGUGGUUGAGAGAGGCUGCCGCUUUAGGGCACGCGACUCCUUAGCGGCGCGAGCCACUAGAGGGCGCAGCCUCAGGGCCGGAAGGCCGCUUGGCUGUUGCGAACGGAGGGUGGUUGAUCGCGUGAAAAAGAGCGAGCGAGCGAGAGAGAGGCGGGUACAGGCAGGCAAGCAGCGACGGUUGGUGGCGCGAGACUUGCCGCGCGCCGUGCGUGACGCGGCGUUCUGAGAGAAGAGGGAGGUCGGAGGAGGAGGAGUGACGAGGUGAAGGCAGGCGAGGCGAAGUGUGCUGCUGUUGCGGCGGCGGGCUGCGUGAGGGGGACGCGAUGUGAAGCUUCCUCUCGGCCCGACAGGGCAGACGGCCGGCCGAGACGCGGCUGUGGCAGAAGCUUCACUAUGAAGCAAGGUGGAUGGAGAAAACGAGCCAAUGAGAGAGAUGGCUGGGGGUCAUGGGGAGGAUAUAUGUCUGCCAAGGUCCAGAAACUGGAGGAUCAGUUCCAUUCAGAGGCAACUCUGCAACAUCAAAAAGAUGGAACUUCAUCCAGUAUCUUUAGUGGAGUUGCCAUCUAUGUCAAUGGCUUUACAGACCCUUCAGCUGAUGAAUUAAGGAGGUUAAUGAUGUUGCAUGGAGGGCAAUAUCAUGUGUACUACUCUAGAUCCAAAACAACACACAUCAUUGCCACAAAUCUUCCAAAUGCCAAAAUAAAAGAACUGAAAGGGGAAAAAGUAGUUCGGCCAGAAUGGAUAACAGAAAGUGUAAAAGCUGGGCGUCUCCUUUCAUACAUUCCUUAUCAGCUUUACACAAAACAGUCAAGUAUUCAGAAAGGCCUCUGUUUUAAUACAAUAUGCAAACCUGAAGAUCCUAUUCCAGGUCCUAGCAAUAUCUCUGUGGAGCUCAACAGGGUAAAUUGUCUAGUAAAGAAGUAUGAAGCCCAGAAUGAAAUCAAGGCCAAUGGAAUGAGUAAAUUGAACAAGGAAGAGGAGACUGAAGAGAGAGAAUUCUUGGAGUUGGAGCACGUCUGUUCUGGGAACAAACAGAAUGGAAUUCAUCAUAGAGACAGCACUGCCAUUUUUAAUGGACACACUCCUAGUUCUAACAGUGCCUUAAAGACACAGGAUAACUUGGUGCACUCUGACAACAAUUUUGCAAGCAGAUUGCUUCCAGGCCCUGUGCAGGAAGAGGAAAGGAGAGAAAUUGCUGACUUUAGAGACUGCUCUAUGCAGCAUUUGCAACAAAGCAACAAAAAUACCGAACUUUUACGGGAUGCGUGUAGGACUAUGAGCAACUUAAAACCAUUUUCAUCUUUGCACAGUAAUAUUAAAAUAAAUGGUGCUCAUCACUCUACUGUUCAGGGGCCUUCAAGCACAAAAAGCACUACUUCAGUACCAUCUCCUAGUAAGGCAGAUUCUUCAUCUCUGUCCAAAGCUUCUAAAGGUAGUUUCAUUUCUGACUUUUACUCUCGUUCAAGAUUGCAUCAUAUAGCUACCUGGAAGAAUGAAUUCACAGAAUUUGUCAACAGCCUGCAGAAACAAAACAGUGCUAUCUUCCCAGGAAGAGAAAAGUUAAAAAAAUUGAAAGCAGGGCAGUCUGCAAUUAACAAAGCUGACCCUAAUAAUGUAUCCAUCUUGAGUUCAACCAAGCAUCAGAACUGCAUAAUGCAUGUGGAUAUGGAUUGCUUCUUUGUAUCGGUGGGUAUCCGAGAUAAGCCAGAUCUGAAAGGGAAACCAGUGGCUGUUACAAGUAACAGAGGAUCAGGAAAAGCAUUGCUCCGUCCUGGUGCAAAUCCACAGCUGGAAUGGCAAUAUUACCAGAAUAAGUUAUUGAAUGGCAAAGCAGCAGAAAUUAAUAAACUGGACUCGACAGAUGAGGAUAAUUCAAAUUCAACUCAUGUGAAUGGAAUUGACAUUGAUAUCUCUGUCUCAUCAAUGGCUGAGAUUGCAUCUUGCAGCUAUGAAGCCAGGCAAAGUGGUAUAAAGAAUGGAAUGUUCUUCGGGCAAGCAAAAAGAUUGUGUCCAAAUCUUCAAGCUGUAUCUUAUGACUUUCAGGCAUACAAAGAAGUUGCACAAGCAAUGUAUGAAACCUUGGCAAGCUAUACUCAUAAUAUUGAAGCUGUCAGCUGUGAUGAAGCACUAGUAGAUAUCACUGAAAUCCUUACAGAGACUGGACUGACAGUUGAAGAGCUAGCAAACGCUAUUCGUACUGAAAUAAAAAACAAGACCAAAUGUCCUGCUUCCAUUGGAAUAGGUUCAAACAUUUUACUGGCCAGAAUGGCAACGCGCAGAGCAAAGCCAGAUGGACAAUAUCACUUAAAGCCUGAAGAAGUGGAUGACUUUAUCAGAAGUCAGCUAAUCAUCCAUCUACCAGGAGUUGGUAGGACAAUGGAAUCUAAGUUAUCAUCUUUGGGUAUAAAAACUUGUGGCGAUCUACAGUGUGUCACCAUGUCAAAACUCCAGAAAGAAUUUGGUCCCAAAACAGGGCAAAUGCUCUACAGAUUCUGCCGUGGUUUGGAUGAUCGGCCUGUUCAAAGAGAAAAAGAGAGGAAAUCUGUUUCAGCUGAGAUCAACUAUGGUAUAAGAUUUACCCAGCCAAAAGAAGCAGAAGCUUUCCUACUGAGUCUUUCAGAAGAGAUCCAACAUAGGUUGGAAGCUACUGGUACAAAAGGCAAACGGUUAACUCUCAAAAUAAUGGUCAGAAAACCUGGGGCCCCUUUAGAACCUGCAAAAUUUGGAGGUCAUGGAAUCUGUGACAAUAUAGCCAGGACUGUGACUCUUGACCAUGCAACAGACAGUGCCAAAGUGAUUGGGAAAGAGAUUUUAAAUAUGUUUCACACAAUGAAAUUGAAUAUAUCCGAUAUGAGAGGGGUUGGAAUUCAAGUACAUCAGCUAGUUCCUAGUAAUAAAACGUCAGCAAUUUCCCCUCAGUCAUCAGUACAAUCUGGAUUCUUGCCUGGUGGAUCAAAUUCUAUUAUUGAUUUUCUGCAAGUUCCAAAGUCUAUAAAGAAUUCAGAAGAAGAAUGUAAGGAAGUUUUUGUGUCUGCUGUGGAUCUUGAAAUAUCUUCCACUUCAAAAUCAUGUACAGUGCAACCAGCUCUCGAUCAUCCUCUGACAUCUAACGUCAAUCAUGUUUCCAGCAAAUCUGAACCUGCAGUCAAUUUGAAUGGUUUGCAUACACCUAGAAGUAUAAAAUCAAGACUUAAUUUAAGUAUUGAGGUUCCAUCACCUUCCCAGCUGGAUCCAUCUGUCCUGGAAGCACUCCCACUUGAUCUUCGAGAACAAAUAGAACAAAUCCAUUUUCUUCAACAUGAGGAGGUUUGCAGUAACAGUAAAAAGGACCCAGUAAAUGGAUACAACACUAGCUUUCCACCACAGCCAGUUGGAACUGUCCUCUUACAAAUACCAUAUCUCCAAGAAUCAAACAGUGAUACAGGAAUUAAUGUAAUAGCACUGCCAGCAUUUUCUCAGGUGGACCCUGAAGUUUUUGCUGCACUACCUUCAGAGCUGCAGGAGGAGCUCAGACAAGCAUAUGAUCAAAGGCAAAAACAUAUAGAGACUGUUUUACAGCAAACAAGUACCACUGCAUCAAAGAAUCCUUCACUAAAUUUAAAACCAGUUAUGAAAAAGAAAAAAAAUAGGGAAAAAACCCAAGGCAGUCCAGUAAAAAACAGCCACAGUCCUUUGAAAAGCAAGCUCUUUGGGAGUCCUGCAAAAAAUAUGGCUAUUUCUGGGGGAAGCCCACAGAAACGAAUAGAUGACUUCUUAAAACAGGAAGGAGCAACCACUGGUAACUCUCAGGUGGAUUUAGUGCAAACAGUUGCAAACAUUUCAAACCCAUCCAUUUCACAACCACAACUGUCUGCCACUACUAGGCCUCAGGCCCCUAAUCUAGCUGGAGCAGUUGAAUUCAAUGAUGUAAAAGCCUUACUCAAGGAAUGGAUUACAACUAUAUCAGAUCCCAUGGAGGAAGACAUCCUACAAGUUGUGAAGUAUUGUACUGAUCUGAUAGAAGAAAAAGAUUUGGAAAAGUUGGAUCUGGUCAUAAAGUAUAUGAAAAGGCUAAUGCAGCAGUCUGUGGAAUCCGUUUGGAACAUGGCAUUUGACUUCAUUCUUGACAAUGUUCAAGUGGUUUUGCAGCAAACUUAUGGAAGCACAUUAAAAGUUAUCUGAACUGAUCUUGUAGAAAAGGGUGUGGUGAGAGCCUGGAGCUCUCUGGUAGCUGUGCCAUAAGUGCUUGUGAGGUAUUUGCAAAGUGCAUGAUAGUAAAGCUGAGUUUUUAUAAGUUGAAAUUUUUUUUAAACAAGACAGUGUUUUGUACAUUUCCUUUCAAGAAAGUGCCAAAUUUGUCAGUAUUGCAUGUAAAUAAUUGUGUUCAGAUUCUUUUAUUGUAGCAUAGAAUCUAUUUACAAAAUGUUUGUUUAUAAAGGUUUUAUGGAUUUUUACAGUGAAGUGUUUACAGUUGUUUAAUAAAGAACUGUAUGUAAUUUGUACA